CGAUAAAGCGUUGGGGUUUUUUUUUGGUCAAACAGUUAUCCUUUUUUGUGACAUUGUUUACAAUUUAAGAAAUUGAAACUAAGUAAAUAUUGCUCUAGAUAUCGUUUCCCAGCUCUUUAUCGACUACGGUACCUCAAAUGGUGUCAGAAUAAGAAAUAAACAAAAUUAUAAUAUGGAGACAUCGUACGUACGUAGACGUUAACAGUUAAUCUGGGUACAUUAAUAUUGACAUGCUCUACUUGAAAUCAACAAAUAAUUAACUACAAUUCAGUUUUAACAAUUUCUAGUCAGCGUAGAAGAAUUAAAGGGAAUUAAAAAGAAGUCUGGCAAAAUAUUUUACACGACACUUACAGUUACAGGUAUGAUGAAAUUCUGACCGAACUAAUAUAUCAUUCACUAUUGACAGACAUGAUACACCCGGAAUUUCGUAUGGAUUGAAACAAUUUUAUUAGUAUGAUGGCAUCGUUAUCUAUUGAAAUCCCAUCAAUUACGUCAUCUGAAGUUGAUGAGGUUUGUCCAGGACCUAAUCUAGAAUUCCCAAGACUUGAAGAAAUGCCAUCAUAUGAAGAAUUCUUUACAAAUUAUCUGCUUCCCAACAGACCGUGUAUAUUUGGUUCAGCAGUAACAUCCAAAUGGCAGAGUAGGAAAGAUUGGGUCAGCUCUGUUGAUGGAUCACCACAUUUAGAGUUUUUUAAAGAGAACUUUGGUGAUAUAACUGUACCUGUAGCCGAUUGUGGAAAGGAAGAAUUUUCAUCACAUCCUAAAGAAGACAUGACUUUAUCGGAGUAUGUAGAUUAUCUAGUUCAAUAUAAACAAGAUGGAUACCCUGAACAUGAACGAUGUCUUUAUUUAAAAGAUUGGCAUUUUAUAAGAGAUUGUCCAGAUUAUCAUGCUUACACAACUCCAGUUUAUUUCUCGUCUGAUUGGUUGAAUGAAUUCUGGGAUAUUCGAGAACGAAUACACGAUGACUAUAGAUUUGUUUAUAUUGGACCAAAAGGUUCUUGGACACCAUUUCAUGCUGAUGUAUUCCGAUCUUACAGUUGGUCAGCUAAUAUAUGUGGUCGGAAAAAAUGGAUUUUCUUCCCACCAGGCGAAGAGGAGAAUUUGAAAGAUAAAUUUGGUAAUUUAAUGUAUGAUGUCAAUGCAAAUAUUGAUCCAUCUCGAUAUCCAAAAGCAAACCAAGUUCACCAAAAGUUAGAAGUUAUACAAGAAUCAGGGGAGAUAAUCUUUGUGCCUAGUGGUUGGCACCAUCAAGUUAUAAAUCUAGAGGAUACAAUUUCUAUUAAUCAUAAUUGGUUAAAUGGUUGUAGUGUGAGGAGAUGCUGGCAGUUUAUUAAAUCAUCAUUAGUAGAUGUUGAAAGAGAGAUUGAUGAUUGUAAAGACAUGGAGAAUUGGCAUCAACAAUGUCAGAUAAUAUUAAAAGCCAGUGGUGGUGUAGAUUAUACAGAAUUCUAUAAAUUCAUGUCAACCAUCGCAAGACAUAGAAUUACAGCUAUAGAAAACUGUAUAGAAAAUACAAAUACAAAACAAACAGUAACAGAUCGCACUAUUUUACCGACUUGUGAUACCUCCGCUAAUAACGACUCCACAGAUACAAAACAAACAGACACAGUUCUUCCCCCUAAUAGUGCUAAUAACUGUUCCACAGAUUUGCAGUCACUAGAUAAAAAUAGUUCAAAAAAUAAUCAAGGAUUUCAAAUUUUAGAUUUGUGCAAAACAGCAAAACCGUGUGAAAAUAAAGUUUACGAUAAACGUCAUUGGAGAUAUUUAAAUAUUCAUCAUGGUGUUUUUGAUUUACGGAGAGUUAAAGACAUUUUGAUUGACAUGUCACAAGAUUUUAAUUUUCAACAGAUCUGUAAUAAAGAACUGAAUUCAGAUGAAUUAUUGACUGAGAUAAGUUGUAUUAUAGAUAAAGUCACUUAAUUUCCUAUAAUUACAGACAAAUAACAAUAAGAAUCGAGGGGGUGGAUCAGUGAUUCCUAACCAGUGUGCAGGGGCUCACAGGUGUGCCGCAAGAUCUUCCUAGGUGUGCGGCAAAAUUUUGAAUGGCACACCAAGACAAUGUGAAAAACCAUGUGAUCCCAAUUGAGUAUUGACUGGUGUCUACUGAUAAAUUCAUAGCUGUGUUUUUCUUUAUUUAGUUUGAGUCAUUUUAUGUGUCUAUGACUAGUCUAUGUCUACGGUUGUAUGCCGUCUAUGACUUACCAUGCUUUUAUUUUGCAAAGUUCAAAUAUUUUUUAUAUAUAUUUAGCCAGGUGUGCCGCUAUUUUUUCAUGUGUUUCAAAAAAGGUUGAGAACCACUGGGGUGGAUGGUCGAGUCUAACACUCCCUUAAAAGAGUAGCAGCAGAGGCUGGACCGGCUGGUAGUUCUGUACGUGUGGCUGCUGAAUCAAACGAUGACACCAGUGAGAGAGCAGACAAUAACAGAUAUUUAAAAAUCCCUGAACAACAGAAGUACAAACCAGGGCCCUCAAAUAGGCGGAGUCUGAAGGGGGGCAUAUGCACGGGGGUGACACUUCUUGGGGGGCAGCCAAUUAUUCUACUAGCCUCCUUGGAGACUGCAAUAGCAGGGUUGGAUGGCCGAAUGGUUAGCAUGUGUGCGCUAUAUCAUAUGGUCUGUCAUUGAGUCAACUGGCGUGGUUUCGAUUCCCCGGUUGUACAUGACAAGGAGUAGGGUCGACUGUCCAACCUCGUGGGUUUUCUGCAGGUCCUCUAAUUUCCUCCCACUGCUAAAGACCCCUACGUGCAAGCGAAUUAUUGAAAUAAGAUUGAACUGAUGUUAGUCCCGAAAUGUUACAUGAAAUGUCUUUUACCUGAAAGCAUUAUGAAGAUGAAAUGAAAUGAAAUGGAGUAGAAGUCCUACUAUUAUGGAGAUCUGCAUUUGUACUGCUGUUGAUCAGGGAUUUUUAAGUAAUCUACUUUUUUACAGCUUUUAGUAUCGUUAGAAAUCUACUUUACAGCUUUCAGUAUCAUAAGAAAUCUACUUUACAGCUUUCAGUAUCGUAAGAAAUCUACUUUACAGCUUUUAGUGUGUUGAUGGUUAGUGCAAUAAGACC